CUGUUGUUCGCGGACUUUCUCUCCCCUCAAGCUAACCGCUGCUUCUGCAGCCCUGUCACCAUGUCGGACGACCCGAAAGCUAAGGGGUUUCCCGACGUCUCCGCGAAACUCUCCGCCCUCCCCAAAAAAUCGCUAUUCGAGCGCCAGAAAGCCGAAGCCGAAGCCAAGCGUGCCCGAGAACGAGCUGAAACCGCUGCGGUCUACGAAGACUUCGUCAAGUCGUUCGAGGAUGACGCUCCCGCACACGACCGCCCGCCGGCCGACGGACGACUGAAUCGCUUUGGGAACAGAGCUCCGGGAUUCGCAGGAGGUCCGGCAAAGCGACAUUUCGUCAACUCGGGCCCGCGCAUGAGCGGCCCCGGCACGUUGGGACCGCCGCCUCCGUCGCUGUCGCGGAAACGUAACCACGAGGGAUUUCAGCCGCUGAAUCGCAAUCGAGAUUCUGGGCAGGGAGUGCUUGGAUUUGAGAAUACGGUCUCGUCGUCGGCCGCGUCGGCCUUCCGCACGUCGGACGACGAACACGAGGGCGCCGGCGAUACGAAGGAGGCUGAACGAGCUGCGGCGAAACCUACGUUAUACCUGGCAUCAUUACCUCCUGGAACCUCUCCGUCCGUGAUCAAGUCGCUCAUACCGUCGGUCUUGGGUGUUGAUAACGUGAAGGUGCUCCGACCCUCCGGCCAGCCCUCCGACCGCAAAUCCGUGGCUGCAAUUGUGACCCUUGCCAAUGAAACCGCCGCCUCGGAUAUAGACAGCACCGUCAGCGCGCUACAAAACAAAUAUCUUGGUUGGGGUUACUACCUAUCGAUUUCCAGGCAUCUUUCCUCUGCUGCCAUCGGCGCGACGUUACCUGUCAACGUCGGUCUAUCAUCCACAGCCUCCCUUCCAUUUGGCGCCAAAUCUAUCGCUCCGGAAGUCGGCGGACGAUUGAAUCGAGCUCCGCCUCCGGGUCAUCGGGGAGGAUUUGCACCUCCGGCCUCGUAUGGGCCUACGCAGGGGAGAAGUGGAGCCACACAGGUCGAAGUGAAAGCGCCAUCCGAUCUAAAGCAACUUCGGCUGAUCCAUAAGACCCUGGAAAACCUUUUGGACUAUGGCCCCGAAUUCGAGGCUCUUCUCAUGACCAGACCGGACGUUCAAAAGGACAUCCGAUGGGCUUGGCUUUGGGAUGCCAGGAGUGCUGGCGGUGUUUACUACCGGUGGAAGCUAUGGGAGGUCCUUACCAACGGACGUCACAAGGGAACUCGGCGAGGCAGGCCCCAGAGUUCGUCUUUAAUAUUCGAGGGCAACGCGAGUUGGGUGCCUCCGGAAACACAUCUCAAAUAUGAAUACGUCACGCGCAUUGAGGAUUUUGUUUCCGACGAGGACUACGACUCCUCGGAGGAUGAGAUGUCUGAUGUGGAGGAUGAAAAACGGCCACCGGCUGACGGGCUGAGUACAAGCAAUGAAGGAUUGGGCUACAUGAACCCUCUUCAGAAGGCCAAGUUAGCCCACCUUCUAGCUCGACUUCCUACGACUCAUGCAAAGCUACGAAAAGGUGACGUGGCGCGGGUUACGGCUUUUGCCAUCGAACAUGCGGGAGCGGGUGCCGACGAAGUGGUGGAAAUGAUUGUCUCGAACAUCAUCACCCCCUUUGCUUACAGCGGAGCAAACCCCUACCGCGAAGAGGAGAAGCGCCUUGCUCGGGGCGAUGAGCCGACAGGAGAUAACCCUUCAGGCAAUACAGCCGAUGAAGCUCGUGCACCUUCCAAGGGAGCUUUGGACACAUCCUCCGCUAAGCUCGUUGGUCUCUUCCUUAUCUCCGACAUUCUCUCAUCAUCUGCCACCAGUGGCGUGCGGCAUGCAUGGCGGUAUCGGCAGCUUUUUGAGUCGGCCUUGAAGGCACAUGAAGUCUUCGAGCAUCUUGGCCGGCUUGAGAAGGAUCUAAGCUGGGGUCGAUUGAGAGCCGAAAAAUGGAAACGGAGCGUCGGCACCCUGCUACAUCUCUGGGAGGGAUGGUGUGUUUUCCCACAGUCGAGCCAGGAACGAUUCUUCCAGGUCUUCGAGAAACCACCGCUUACCACAGAGGAGCUCCGGGAGGAGCAAGAGAAGGCAGAGGCGGAACGGGCUGCCGCUGCAUUCUCCAAGAGCAAGAAUCGGUGGAAGACUGUGGACGAGGACUCUACGGCUGAGCGAUUUGACCCAUCUCGACCGUCCGAUACUGAUCGAAAUCAGCCGAAGGUCAAUCCUCGCGAUGGUCCUGCAGCUAUAGAUGUUGAAUCGAUGAGCGAUAUCGACGGGGAGCCGAUGGAGGAUAGUGACUUGGAAGACGCAGACGGCGAACCCAUGGACGAAGAUGAACCCCCGACCGAAGGAGGCGAUGCGACCGAGCAACCGCCGGAGAGUCAACCAGAGCCUCCAGCACCAGCAGAGCCGCAGCCUCCGGUUCGCAAGCCGCGGCCCAAAGCCGAGGACAUGUUUGCGGACUCUGAUUCGGAGUGACGGUGAUGCCUGGAUACGAAUGACAUUGGGCCUGUGUAUAGGAUAUGAAAGGAUAGGAACGGAUAGGAUAGUUCAUUUUUUGCUUCGGAACGUGUAGAAUCCAGCGCAGCCUUCGAC